ACAAAGCCUGGUGGAGCGCCGAGUGAACAGUCGCGUUGUGUGCUCCACCCACGGUACACGGCAGUCGUCUGUACGAGUUCUGUACGUUUGAGAGUGCGAACACUUAGCCUUCGGCACGGAAGUGGGUGUUACUGAAUCGAAUAUGGCAACUGCAUAUCUUUACGAUUUUCGCGAAAGAAGACUAAGAAUGAUGGAAUUUCAGUGAAAGUGUUUUAAAGGACAUCGACGUUAGCCAUGGACCAUUCAGUUAAGGCAAUCAACACACACCGUAAAGUAGCAUUCAGCCGGCUAUUUAAUCGACUCAAUUUCGAAAAUGAUGAACUGGAAGCACUGUUUCAUAGAUACAUCUUCAGGCUUCAACAGUACUCGAUCAUAUGUGUACUUGGAUUAUUUGUAUUGUUAACGGCUGCAUUGUCCGUCUUGCAUGCUAUAUACGAUGGUUUUGCAACGGUUCCCACCUUAUACUAUAUGACAUCGAGUGUUGCUCUGUUAGCAUUGGCAUGUUUCAGUCACACGCGUUACAUACGAGACCAUCACUUACUAAUAUUAUGCUACGUCAUCUUAAUCUUUUUUAUGACCUUUUGUUGCUUUGUUCUGCCCGUCGAUGUUGGAUUAGGUGGUUCCUGGAGCGCCAGAAUUUGGUCGGGAUCGCACAGUGCUUCGGAUGGAGUUUGGGAGAUCGUCUUUGUCUUGUUUCUAAGUUAUUGUAUGUUGCCCGUCCCUCGAGGUAUAACUGUUAUCAUGGGCAUAAUACUACCGAUUAUACACACCGCUGUGGCUGCGAUAUUUGCUAGAGAAUUUCCAAAUUUUUUAUGGAAUCAGGUAAGUUGAAGUUCAUUGACCGUUUGCAUGUGUUAGAUGUUUGUUGCUCAUUUUUUAUUUUUUUCUGUUGUUUUCGUCGUCUUUCUAUACUCGACUGAAUUGUUUCUGUAUGAGUAACGUAUAAUUUGGCACACGUUUAUAUAGAUAAAAAGAAGCGACUUUAAGUCGAGUGACAACUCGAAAGGUUUGAUUACAUUCCUCCCGAUAAUAGAUAUUUUUGCCCGUGUUAUACGCUUUAAUUAUCUAUCCUCUGAUAUAGGUAUUUUUGCGUGUGUAACAAGUCUUAAUUAUAUAUCCUCUGAUCAUAUAUUCCUAUAUAACUAAUCUUGAUUGCUUAUCUCUAACAUGGGCAGUUUUAAUAAUACAUCUUGAUGAAGACCCCGAUAUAAGCAUUUUUGCAUAUUAGCCUUUAUUAUAUGCUCCUUUUUAUUACCUAUCACAUAAUAUGCUAUAUGCAAAAAUGCUUAUAUAAAUGCCGAUUUCCAUACAGAAAGCCUUUAUAGCCUACUUCCCGAUCUACGUUUAUUCUAGCCUAUAUAGCGAAACUUUUAUGCCUCCUAACAUAGGCAUUUUUAAUUAUAUAAUAGUCUUGAUAUAGAUAUAAGGCACCAUUUUAGGACCAAAAUAAGCAAAAUUAAUAGAAGAAAAUUCAAUUUGUUUCAGUUUUGUAUAGAAAAAUUUACUAAUAAUUCCUUAUAAAGUGACGUCUGAAGGUCAUUUUAACGAGUCUAUAACAAUAGAAAGUGUAAGAGAAGUAUAGAAAAAUACUAUUUACAAGUCAUCAUGAUUGAAUAAUUACGAGAAAAAGAAAGAAAGAAAGAAUAUUUUAAAACGAUGUAGUCGAUAUUAGUGAAUAUUUAAAUAAUGAAAGCAUUCGGUCAAUUACGUAAAUAAAUUUUUAAAAUAAUAAAUUAUUUGAUGGUUAUAAUGAAUUGAUUCUGUACUUUGUAGCGUACAGGCAAUAUCGAUACAUGCAAACAUGAAAAUCUAGUAGAGAAAUUUGCAAAUUUUAAUAGUUUUAAAAAUUGCUAAUUAUUGUUGAAGGUAAUUAGCGAAUGUACACUUUAUAUAUACAUACCUACAUAUACGAGACACGCAAAAUUGAUUUUAGAAUAAAGUAUUAAGUUUGUAUGUAGGGAGAAAAAGUUGCAAAAAACAGAUGAAGUAAUCGAUAUCUGUGAUAAAUUUUUGUUUAGAAGAUGAGAAAAAGAAGUACGUCAGUCUGUUCAGACGUCCGACAAACAAAAAUGUUUUUCUUAUGAUUCAUAUAGAUUCAUAUCUUUAUCCUAAGCUUCGAUACAAACUGCAUCGAGUGCAAUGUUAAGAAUCCUUGUAAAAACAAUUGAUAUAGAGGAUAAGAAUAUUUGUAACUCUUUUUAUCUAGUGAAUAAUACAUCCGUUAGAUAUUAUAAUUAUUUCAAUAACGAAUAGACGAUCCGUUCGUUAUUCUAUUUUAUGUAACGUAUACAUUACCCUUUCGUUAUACUUAACAUUUAAUUAUACAAGUAAACUAACUCUAUUAUUCUAAAUAAUUAAGUAUUCUAAUGGAUAAAAU